CAGCGAGUGACGCCGGGCACGCUUAGUUAGAAUUCCGCAGUUGAUUGACGUACAAUAAACAAUGAUUUGAAUUUAUUCUUAGCAUUAUCUCGUUUCAUUAUAUUACUUAAAUCAUAUCAAUUCGCCAAACGUCACAUUUAACUACAGAUUCAAGAUAAGUACAGACGAGCAUUUAAAUUAUACAAAGAUGCACAAUUACGCCGCAGUAUUAUACGGACCUAAAGAUUUAAGAAUUGAAAAUUUGCCGGUCCCUGAAAUCAAUGAUAAUGAGGUGCUGGUCAAGAUAUCAUGUGUGGGCAUCUGCGGCACUGACGUGAAGAUGUACAGCACCGGCAAGUGCGGGCUGGAGGUGCCCACUGAACCUAUGGUGAUAGGCCAUGAGGGCGCAGGCAUUGUUACUAAGGUUGGCGCUAACGUGAGACAUCUGAAGGUGGGUGACCGCGUUGCAAUCGAGCCGACAGCGCCGUGUAAAAGUUGCGAGUUCUGUGUGUCGGGCCGCUACAACCUGUGCGACGAGCCCUCGUAUUGCUCCACGCCCGCCGCGCCAGGCAACCUGUCACAGUACUACAAACACGUCGCCGACUUCUGCCACAAGUUACCAGAUAACCUAUCAAUGGAGGAAGGCGCUGCUGUCCAGCCCCUAGCCAUCGCGAUCCACGCCUGCAACCGUGCCGGCAUUAAACUUGGCACUAACAUGGUUAUCUUGGGUGCGGGGCCUAUAGGAGUACUCUGCGCUAUCACCGCUAAAGCCAUGGGCGCAGCCAAGAUACUGAUGACAGAUGUCGUACAAUCUCGAUUGGAUAUAGCAAAACAACUGGCUGCAGACUACACUCUUCUUAUAAAGAAAGAAUACUCCGACGAGGAGGUUGUGGAGAAGAUCAGAUCAACUCUCGGCGGUAGACCUCGAGUUACUAUAGACGCAUGCGCAUUUCCUUCCGCACAACGCGUUUCUAUGCUGGUGACAAAGAAGGGCGGUACCAUAUUGAUAGUGGGUGUGGGCGACACCACAGUAGAGGUGCCGCUGUCGGGUGCCGUGCUGCGAGAGAUAGACGUCAAAGGUUCCAACAGGAUACUUAACACUUAUGGUCCAGCGAUAGCGGCAGUGUCCAGUGGCGCUAUAGAUCUGAAACCCUUCAUCACUCACCACUACCCUCUGGAGAAGACAGAGGAAGCCAUCUUACUCGCCAAAACAGGCGCCGCCAUGAAGAUUAUUAUACAUCUCAAAUAAAUGAAUAGGGUAUUUUUCUUACCCCUAUAUCGAUCUGUUACUAAGAAAAGACAAGUUGGAAAAUAGAAUUGUAAUAUUGAAUGAUUUCUGUUCUUAUUGAAUGAUCUUUCAUUCAUUCAUUCACUCAUUUAUUAUGACUAAGGAAUGUAUUCAAAUAC